CAGCAACGUCCGACUUGCCGAUGAAAACUUGAAGAUGAGACAUCUAAUAUCUCAGUACGCAUGCGUUGUAUCCUCCAAAGGCAAUGCAACGUGUAUUGUAGGACGGGCUUUAUUCAUAUCGCGAUUCUGACCUCUCUACGUGAAGUGCGACGGGAUUUAAAACAGCUGUUCUGCUGGAUGGUUGCUUUGACAGGAAGAUCGACGGAUAAAGCGAAUGAUUUAUCAGACAUCCAGGCUCUUAAAUGAUAUCGCGAAUAUUCCGUGGAGAAAAUGAGAAUGUCGCGCUCAAACGCAAACGGCAAAUCGACACUCUAAAAAUCUUUAACGACAAUGUAAUAGAGCUCAGAGAAGAUGUGGACUAUCAGGUGGAAUUUCAUGCUGGCGAAAGGCGAAUGGCUAUUAUGGUUUCCUUGUCGCCAAAUUUUCCAUUGGAAAAGCCAGUACUUAGAGUUUCCCCACCGAUAAGCCAUCCCUGGUGCAAUGAACACAGUGAAAUCACUAGUGCGCCAGGAUUACUCAAUUUUUCAGUACAUAGUGAUCUUGGUCGAGUUGUUCAGGCUAUUAUCAGAGAAUUCAGCAAGAAUCCACCCCAGUUGUUGGAGGAUAUUUCACCUGGCUCUACUAAAUCCCACAGAGACUUACAAGAGAGAAACUCGCCGUCUUAUGCGCUUCAACAGUAUCCCGAGAUUCCGUCUACGUCGUUCAAUUCGUAUUACAGUACGCAAUUCCCGCACUUAUCGUCCUCCAGUGCGAACACGAGCAUUUACAACUGUAAUUAUACAAGCUCCGGUCACACGUAUGUUUCAAAUUCGAAGUCGUUCGGCGGUACGUCGCACCAUACGGCGUAUAUUCCAAGCUCGAGGAGUGCCCUCCACAAUACUACACCUGCGAGGUACACCUCGAAUCAGCACGGCACGGCCUACCUGAAUUCGCACUAUGCAAGUACUAAUUAUCAGCAACCGUUGCCAAGUCAGUCGCAAGCAAAAGUCCCGCAGAGUAUAAUAUUUCCCGAAUUAAAUAACUUGACUAACGAGGAAUUGAAGAGGCUCAGCGAGGACGAAGAUAGACUGGACGAUUUUCUGGAGAAACAUUCCCAAAUUAAAGACAUAAACGCAGCGAUCGAAGACGCUAUGGAUUGGGUUGAAAAAACUGCCGAAGCUAAUGUAACCAAAGAACCCGAGCUGAGACAGUUGCAAGCUGACGUAGCAAAUAAGGUAAAAACGGUGGCUGUGCUGAAAGCCAGAUACGACCAUCUUAUACAACGAUACAAUAAACUAUCCGAGGUUUUCACGCCGGACCACAUAAAAGAAUGUCUGAAAUUAGCGGCAGACGAGAGCCACGAAGAAAGCGAGAAGAUCGCCGAGGAUUUUCUCAAUAGAAAGAUCGACGUCGAGCGUUUUCUCAGCACAUAUAUAGAGUGUCGAAAGUUGGGCCAAGCAAGACGAACUAAAGAAGAGAAAUUGGCGCAUCAGUUGAACGAAUUGAAACGGGCUGGUUACUGAAACACCAGAGAAGGAUAAAGGGAGAAAAAAGAGAGAGAAGAGAGAGGGAGAGAGAGAGAGAGAAAAACAGAAAAGAGAGUAUACAUAUAUACUCAUUUUUUUUCUAUAGGGGGGAAUCGAACAAAACUGUAAAUAAGAUUUAGUUAAAUUAAACGUUAUUGUGAAUUUAAACUAGCAUUCGUGAUUCGUGACCAAAUAUCUAAUGUGGCUAUUUCGACAGAGAGAAGCAUUUUUACAAUGUGUAAACGUGUUAUAUAAUUCGCUUGUUACUUAUUCGCUACAUUCUCAAUUGCUUUAAAACGCAUGGCAUUCCAGAACGAAACAUUACAUUGACAAGCGGCGCUAAACGUACAAAGUGGUCAAAGAACAAGUGUUUUAAAGUUGGAAUUAAGGCGAUGUUACAGUGUAUUUCGAACACACAGGUAACAGGAGAAAAGAAACGGAGUAAAUGGCCAGGAGAGUUAAAUCGCGUUGAACAACCGUGUAAUGAGUUGCUUCAAUGAGUACUUACUCUAUAGUGUAAACGACAAGGCUUUAAUAAUAUUAGUUGUGCACGUCUCUCGUGUACCGUCAUGAUCAACUCUGACGGAGGUACGUUUUUUACUAUGUAAAUAAACGGGCAACGUUGUAAUUAAAUCGAUUUUUGAAAAUUUG